UGUAUCUUCGCUUGGUAAUGUCAUCUUGCUCUCGGUAUGCUCGGUCGAUCUGCUCGGCAUGCUCGGCGUAAGCAAUCCUUCUGCUUGGAAAUCACUCGUAUCAUGUCUAAAUGAUAUGGCUAGAUAAAAGGAAGAGCUUGUCACACCUUCUGAUUCUUGAUCAACCAAGAAAUCAAGCAGACCCGACGACCGAAAAACACCGACAAUGACCUACAACAUCCUCAUCUCAGGCUCAACCAAGGGUCUCGGCCGCGCUUUCGUGGCCAAAUACCUCUCUCGCCCCAACACCACUGUGGUAGCCACAGUCCGCGAUCCUUCUACCCAGGAAGCUCAAGCCCUGCACUCUAUCUCCAAAGCCGAGGGUAGCAACCUCAUCGUCGUCAAGAUAGAAUCUCGCUCCGACACCGACUGCAUCUCCGCAGUCAACUUUCUCCACGACCAAGGAAUCUCUCACCUGGACGUCGUAAUCGCAAACGCAGGUUUCUACACCGUGCCCAAAGAACCUGCCGUUGCAAAAAUCACUGCAGAGGAACUGCUCGAUCAUGUAAAUGUCAAUGCUGCAGGACCUGUGCGCUUGUUUCAAGCUACUCUUCCUCUGCUCAAUGCAGCCGAGAAGCCCAUCUUCGUUUACAUUUCGUCCAUGGCUGGAUCUAUCGCUGCGACUGGAGAUUUGCCUUUUGGAGUCGGUGUCUAUGGUGCUAGUAAGGCUGCUGGAAACUUUUUGGUCAGGAGAAUCCAUCAGGAGAAUCCUGAAUUGAUUGCUUUCGCAAUGCACCCUGGAGCUGUAAAGACGGAGGGCGGUUUGGUGGUCUCUGGAGAUCUGGGUAUGCUUCAGUAUGAGGAGUUCUUUACAACCUUGGAGAAGAGCAUUAAUGGUAUGGUUGGCAAGAUCGAUAAUGCUACCAGAGAGAACAGCUCUGGCAAGUUCUUGUGCUUCGAUGACACACCCUUGGAGUGGUAAGGUUGGGGCAAGAGACCUUGACGUCAACUGUAGCCUAGGGCUUUCGGCGAAGGCAGCCUGAUCCAUACCAGAUCGUUCAGCCGUAGGGAAGACGACGAGCAUGCUAGCCUGUCAAAUAGUUAUAUCAUUGCCUCCAUAUCAGCAAUUUCUAACAGCUUGUUAAUCAGGCCUCAUUGAUUUCGACUAUACAUACAUCAAAAGUUAUCUAUCUGCCACUCAAAUUAGAGCGAUUCGAAGCUCUGCUGCUCAAGCUUACGCGCAGCUGCUGUCGCAUCGUAUCUGACUUGUUUUGCUGCCUCCUAGGCCUCCAAUAUAGCCUGUGCUUGUUUGGCCAUAAUAAUGUUGUUAAUGUUCGCAAAUUGAAUUAAGUAUUUAGAUUGACAGGCACCUUCC